GCCGAUCAAUAACUACAUUUUCUCCGAUGGAAGAGAGUGAUGCUGUUCCAAAACCAGUUGUUGUUGACCCUCCAUUAUACGACGAAGCUCCUCCUUCGGCUUCUCGACGCCGGCCGGUGAUGAUCGCCGCCGAUGCAGCUCCUCCAGAAGAAAAUCAUCUCAUUCAGCGGAUUCAAAGAGCUCUUGUGGAAUUGCGUGAAUUGAGAAAUCAGUUUAAUGCUAUUCUUAGGGAACUAGAAGUCGAAGUAGGAGAAGAAGAAGAGCAAGCGGAAUCAUCAGUGGAGGAUCCAGAGGACUCUGAUUCUUAGUUGUUUAUUAGAAAAUGUUUUGUUUCUUUACUAGUUACCUAUUCUAUCUAUUCUCUGCCCUCAUGAUUUGCCUAAAUUAGCUUUCUCAUUCUAAAUCAUCAAAGCCAACACUUAACAGAUCAAGAAGCCAAACUAAAAGUCGGAAAAGAAUUACAAUACACUUUAUUUACAUGG